AUGAAUAUCUUUUCUAAUGGACUUGCAACCUCCUUUUUCAAGCAUAGUGGUAAAUGGUUAUCGACUCCAUACGAAUAUCCUACAAAACCAUACUUGCAACUAGCAUUUACCUUGAGGAAUAUAUUGAUAUGGUUACUAAUUAUUAACAUCACCAAUUACUAUAUCUUAUCUGUCAAAUUGUACUUUGGCGAUAUCGAUGUUGUUGCAGUACUCGCCAAUACAAAUCGUCCCUAUGCUACUCAAUAUCUGGAGCAAGUGAGUAAAAGCUUGGAAGACAUCUUGAUUAACAUAUACGUAAGGAACGAAGCAAUAUAUUUGGAUAACAUGAAUUACACGACAAUUACUGUAACCCCUACUUUUGAGAUCAGAGAUGGGAGCAUACUGUCAAAUCUACAGGAAGGGUUUUUCACCAAUGUGCUAUUUAAAGAUACCGACAAGAGCAAAAUCCACACAUCCAUCAAACAAAAGCUUCCCGAUCGAUUUCCAGCAUUUCAUGUGGGACGAAAUAGAGCUAUAUCCGAGGAAUUUCUUAUAACACAUUUAGGAAGACUAUAUUUAGGAUCUAUCAAUGCCCCUCACACUGUUAACCAGGUGAGUCAAACAUUACAGCAUAUGCUGGUGGCAAAAUUUGGCAUGUUUAUCAUUUCAAUUGUUAUACUUGUGCUCAACUUAUCCAUCUUUUUCUACCCAAAAGUUCUAGUUUGGCACUAUGGCAGCCUUUUUGUGCUAUAUACGGUGAAUUUUACAAACUUGGCUUUCAUAUUGGUCAUUAUUAUUACCAGGCAGCUGCUAACUAGAAAUAGGGACUACCAAUUUGUAUUACUCAUGCUUGAAAUGGUUUCAAUAUUAGCUUUUAAUAUGAUAUUCUUCAACUCGCAUCAGGUCAUAAUGGAGAACUACCUUAUGGAGGUUUCAGCCACAUCCUCAGUGUACUCCGACACAGAUGUUAAGUCAAUGCAUACUAAACAAGAUACAGAGUAUCAACUUUCUACUGGUGACGGACUUUCUGGUCGCACUGCAACAAAAAAUUUAGCUGUUCCAAAAAAGGGAUCUCCCGUAGGAGAUUGCUUCGAUAACGAGGCUGGAAGUAGACGAUGCUUUACAGCUCCAAUCAAAAGUUCCACUAAUCUGUCAUAUUUAAGCGGGAAAUUAACAUCAAACUAUACACAAAAAUUUUGA